AUGAAGAGUGCACCUAAGCUAAGGGCGAUCUCCAAUAACAGACAACUCCUAAUAGAUCCGAUGCACCGGUGCCUUCCCUCCUCCCCAUACAUGCACAGUCACAAAAAAGGUUCCCAGUACGACCGCGAACGUGAUAUGGUUGGGAACAGUGUGAUGUGGCAACACCUGGAAGUGGAGGAUCUCCUUCUUUACCAUAAGGAGAAAAUCCUUCUCUACUACAAGGAGAAAAUCCAUGAGUCAGGGAGGGCCUUUGUUCUAAGGGAGGUCCAUCAUGAAGAGUGUGCUCGAAGGCUUAAUGAAAAGUAUGGUACUAACUUCAUGUGGAAACAAACCUACAACAAGUACCACAAGCUUAAAGGAGAAUGGAAGCUGAUCAUGGAGGCAAAGUCUGCUAAGGAUGCUAGUUUUGAUGAUGUUCAGAAGAAGAUAAUCUAUGACGAGAUAGAGGUUGUCAAGAUGAAAGCUAAAGGUGAUAAGAAGGCUAAGUACUACAAUGUUCCAAUUCCCUUGUAUGAUGAGAUGGAGUUUGUCUUCACGGGGAAACAUGCUACUGGAGAGUUCAGUGUUGUUGAAGCACCAUUUGUUAGCUCAGCAAGGCAAGAGGAUGAUCUCGUUGGGAAUGUCGACCCAACUCAAGAACUGGCAGAUCUGAAUGGUGAUCCUUCUCAACACGAUUCCGACACCCACCCAGAGUCUGAUAGUCCAAACCCAGUAGGUUCUAAGCGCAAACACGAAGAAAAGGAGAAGAAAGGGAAAUGGGCUAAGCAAGGUGUCCCCAUUUUCAUGCAGGCCUUGUCGGAAGCAGUGAGCUUUACCCAUAGCACUGAUCCACACGAGGGUAUUUUCAAAGCCAUUGAAGACAUGGAUGAAUAUCCUUUGCCGGUUCGCCUUGAUUUGCUAACCUAUCUUGCUCAAAAUCGCCACAUUGCUAGCAUGUUGAAGGGACGGAAGGAGGAAACUUUGAAGCAAUGGGUGGCACGAUGGGUCGCUGGUCACUAUACUUUGUGA